ACUAGAGUAGGGAACAGGAGGCGCGGAUGGUGAAAUAGGGGGAGGUAUUGAAGGCAUGUACGGUGGACUAGUUGCUGGAAAUGGAGGCAUGGAUGGUACUGGGAAGAUUGGACCGUAAGGUGGGGAUGGUGAACUAGUAGCUGGAAAUGGAGGGAAGAUAGGUAUGAAAGGCGGGGAAGAUGGACUAGUGCUUGGAAAUGGAGGCAUCGAUGGCAUAGGCAAGCCCGGAAUUAGAGGCAAGGAUGGUGAACUAGGCAAGCCUGGAAAUGCAGGCACAGACAGUACAGCUGGAACUAGAGUUGGGGACGAUGGACUAGUGCUUGGAAAUGGAGGCAGUGACGGUAUAGGCAAGCCUGGAAUUAGAGGUGAGGACGGUAAACCAGGUGAUCCUGGAAAUAUAGACAAGCCUGGAACUAAAGGUGGUGACGAUGGACUAGUGCUUGGAAAUGGAGGCAUUGACAGUAUAGGUAAGAUGGGAAGAGAAGGAGCAGACGGUGGAAUAGCGCCUGGAAAUGGAGGCACGGAUGGUAUUGGAAUGGUGGGAACAGAAGGUGGGGGUGGUGAACUAGUGCUCAGAGGUGGAGGCAUGACCGGUGGUAUAGGGGAUGCAGGCGCGGAUGGUGCAAAGCUCCCCGGGACUAGUGGCCUGUUUAAGGGUGGCAUUGGACCAGACAAAGGUGAAGUAGACACCGAAGCAUGAACUGAAACAUAACGCGAUGCACAACACAUAUGAAAAUUAGAACCAACAACAACAACAGCCAAAAUGGUUGACCAAAUCUCUAGUGCAGCCAUAUUUUAUUACUCACUCUUUCUUCACCAGUCACAUAUAUAAAGCAAGAUGGUAUAUAUGUUAUUGAGGUACAAAUUUUUUUCUUGAAUGUAACUACAUUGAUGAGUAAUAAUAUUGUUGAAACCUUCGAUUUUAUCGAUAUAUCUAUGUGAAAUACAAGUUCAUUUUUC